GAACGCACAUUAAAAGAGAGAGAAGAAUCGAUUGAGAGGGAGAGAGAAGUAGUACGCAUAGAGGUGGAACUAAUGCUAAAAGUGAUGGAAGCCUUAAGGUUACAGAAGGAAGAGCUGAAUGAGAGGGUAGUUUUGAAGAUGGAGAGGGAAAUGUUAAUAAGGGAGAAGGAAGAACUGAGGAUAAAAAAUGAGGCAUUAAAGAAGGAGAAAGAAGAGUUGGAGGAGGGUAAGAUAGAGUUGAAGAAGCAGAUGGAGGCGUUUCUUUUAGAGAAGAUGCAGUUUUGGAAGGAGAAGGGGUUAGAGAAAGAGAAGGAGGAUGAGGAAUUGGAAUGUAGGGAUCAGGGGAACAAAGAGAUGGAUGUUCAACACUCGGAUGCCUUAGACGCUGAUAUAUGUGAGAAAUCACUGCCUUCCAUUGCAGCAUAUAAGAGGAGAACUAAGAGGGUGUUGAAGCCGUUUGUAUACAAGCGUUCUCCAUUCACUUCCAUCUCUGUCAUUCAAACAACUCCAAGCAGGGCCGCCGACACUGAGAAAUUAAAAGAAUUGUGUUGUUCUCCCAUACCCUUUGAGGCCAAGAUUGAUCCAUUUAGGGUAAUAUUAAAGGAGGAACUGCAUGAAUUGGAUAGUUGGGCCAACACAAACAAAGAAACGGCGGAAUUUGGUUAGUUCAGGACCAUAUGGGAGAAAAAUGCAUGGGUUGAUAGUGUUGUAAGUAAUUCACACACAUAUAUCUAUGGUUAUUCAACAAUUAUAUUAGACUAGAGCUUAAUUCGCCAUAUUUAUUGAUUAGGACAUUGACAGGUACGUUGAUUUCCUGGAGAGAAGGCACGGUUCAUUUCCUACUAUAUAUACAAAGGACUGCAAAUUCUGCCCCACAUUUUUCCUGGUAACUGUAUGAACUGGAUCAUGGUUAUUAUGUUAUUUCAUUAUAUGAUAUAUGUUCUAAUUCGGUAUGUUGUUUGUAAUAGCCAUGUAUCGACAUUGCCAUGUCAGCAUUGAAAAUGCAUCGGGACAUUGGAGGUGACGAUGUGUGUUCAGUUGUAGAAGUGGAGAAACUCACAGUAUUCGGUAUUGUUAAACAUCGUGAAGGGCAGAACGCCAUGUGGCAGUAUGAACAGGUAUACGUACCAGUCAACCACGCCAACACUCAUUGGUACCUGAUGAUCAUCCACCCUCGAGAUCGAGAAAUCGUUAUACUCGACAGUUUGUAUUCGAGGGCACUCAGUCGACAUAGGCAACAUAUCGAGUUGAUGAAGGAGGCCUUACCUAUAUUAUUCCAUGCUGCAGGAGAUAUGUCUACGUUGGAUGGGAAGUCUUGGACGGUCAGAGAAGAUACUUCCGUACCAAAGCAAUCGAACGGAUAUGAUUAUGGCAUUUUUUUCAUGAAAUAUAUGGACAUUUUGUGCAGUGACGAAAUUUUGUCAGGGAGAGAUUUGCAGCAAUUCACUCCCAGCUUUAGGAACUCUAUAGCUUAUGAUUGCCUGAGUGGCCACAAAAUAUGAUAUAGUUGUCUUAGGUAUGAUGUAUAUUUUGUGGGAGCUGUAAAUUAUUGUAAAUGAUGUCUUGUAAAACAUUCAGGGUGAAAUGAU